GAAUGAAAAGACACUGCAAUUGUCAUUUUUUCUUGUUGAUGGAGUGUAAGUUGAAACUGCGAAUAUGAUUCCCUUCACGCGCAUAUUAUCCUAUGUCAUACCUCACUGUGGAUGGCCAGAAGGAAAUCAACAGUUCUACGGUGGAAAGACCAGUUUAUACAGUGAGGGUUGGUGGUGCAAUAAAGCUUGAUUCUCUCUUUCAAUUAGCCACAUGCUGUGCUCAGCAACUUCAUACAGACCCAACAAUUGAAUAACCAACACUCCAAAUGUAUCUGAAUAGUUGAACUACUUAGAAGUCACAUCUAAUGUCGGUUUCACUGUAACAUAGACUUGAAUUUCCAAUAUGGUAGAUGAAGUUGUUGUUGAGCAGUAGGCUGUUGUCAUGUCCCCGCAGUGCCGAUAGUGGUGCUGUGAGGAGACUCCACCGUGGACUGAAUUAAUACCACAGCAGCUUUUAACUGCUAAUGUGUGCUGUGGGUAACAACGUUUAAAUGUAGUAAUCUUAUCUCAAAUGGUUCACGGAUAGGAAAAGGAUCAAUUACCAAAACAUACCGAAUAUCGACCCCGAUCUGGUAGCUAUAGCCGACUGUGUUAGGCAAUUCUACAGGCAAAUCGAAGCGAAUACCCUACUCAGCCAAUACCAACUAAAGCUGAUGUUGUCAAGGACAAGAGUCACGUGAUGUAUGAGGGCAAACACAUACACUUCUCGGAGGUAGACAAUAAGCCAUUGUGCUCGUAUAGCCCUAAGCUCUGCAAGCAGCGCAGACUCAACGGCUAUGCCUUCUGCAUCCGUCAUGUUCUAGAGGACAAGACCGCUCCCUUCAAGCAAUGUGAAUAUGUGGCUAAGUACAACAGCCAGCGAUGCACCAACCCCAUCCCCAAAUCUGAGGACCGCAGAUACUGUAACAGCCACCUGCAGGUGCUGGGCUUCAUCCCCAAGAAGGAGCGCAAGAAGAAGCAUGAAGCGCUGGAGGAGAUGCGCGGGCGUUCUCACCUGGACUCGGUGGCUCUCAACAUCACCGUGCCCUCGCUGGCGCUGAAGGCCUCCAAUGGCCUGGACGAGUCGCCGCCUUCGCCACCUUGCUCCCGCCUGCUGCCCCUGCCAGAUGGGGAACACCUGGACCCAUUCGCCUUCUACGAGGAGGACAUGGAGGCAGAGGAAGGCAUCCCACGCAAGGGCUCGUCAGUCAGGAAGAAGCCGCAGAGUCGGCUGGUGCUCAGUCAGAGACUGCCUCCGCCGCCACCGCCACCACCACCGCUGCCACACGACGCUGACCACCUCCAGCCUCGCUCAGAGCACUUUAGCCCUUCCUCUGUGCACCCUGGCCCUCACCCUUCCUCCCCUCUACGCACCCAGCUCCCCCUCCAGCACGGACUCCUCCAGCUGCCCAAGCAUUCUGGCAGCCUGUCCUCCUACUCCUUCCAGGGUUCCCAGCAGGGUUUAUUAUGCAAGCCAGCACCACCUCACACCGGUCCUUCACUGCCUCCUGGGCUGGCCCCCAGCACAGUGCCCAGCCCGGUGCAGUCGUCUGGCCCCUCCCUCGGCAGGAAAGGCCUACUCACUGCCACGCCCUCGCUGUCUGGCACGCUGGACUCUGUACAGCGCCACCUGGUGGCCAUGAGCCCUGCUUCCUUCUCGCCACCCCCGGCCUGCCUACAGCGGCUCAAGCAUCUGGUGCAGCUAUGCUCCCAGAGACAGCAGGAACACGGAGAUCUCUUCCCUCAUCUAGGGUUGGACUGGUCUGAAGACAGUGGAGAGGAUGACUAUGAAGACUUUGAGGCAAUGUCACCUUCCCGACUCUGCGGGAGAUUACAGGAAGGACCCAUGCAAGACCACUCGCUGGAGGAAACGGGCAGCUCCAGGAGGGUCCGGCUGGCCCACCUCUGCGCGCUCCUGCAGGACAAAUACAAGCACCUGUGCAGGCAGGAGAGGGCAGCCACACGCCAGAAGAGACACCGUUAUGCCUUCCGCAAAGCCCUGCUGCACGCCGCCGCCAAGGACCCAGACUGCACGGCGGAGCUGAUCCAGGCACUCUGCAAGAUCUCACGAUCCUCCUCAAGUGCAAAGCAGGUGCGACUGGGCGUCAAAGAGACUACUGGACUCUGCACGGGGAGCACCAAGGGACAGGCCUGCGGAGACAAAGCCCUGCCCUUCACUCAACACUGCUUCCAACACAUCCUGCUGAACCGCAGCCAGCAGCUCUUCUCCAGCUGCACCGCCAAGUUUGCCGAUGGACAGCAGUGCUCCAUCCCCGUCUUUGACAUCACGCAUCAGACCCCGCUGUGUGAGGAACAUGCCAAAAAAAUGGAUAACUUCCUGCGUGGGGAUGGGAACAGGAGACAGCAACAGCAGCAGCAUCAGCAUCAUCAGCACCAUCAGCAGCAGCAGCAGCACCACCACCUCCAUCAGCACCAGCACCAGCUGCAGCAGCAGCAGCAGCAGCAGCAGCGCAAGCCACGGAAGAAGACCAAACCGCCGGCGCUCACCAAGAAACACAAGAAGAAGCGACGGAGAGGGCCGCGCCGGCCUCAGAAGCCCAUCCCGCCCGCGCUGCCUCAGGGCAACCUGGCCAUGCCUUCCAGUCUGGCUCUGCCCACCAACGCUUCCAGUGUCAGGAGUCCUUCAACCCCGGAGCUGAGCACAGACGAGCUUCCUGAUGACAUCACCAAUGACAUAGCGGACAUUCCAAACGACCUUGAACUGAACCAGGAGGAUUUCUCGGACGUGUUGCCACGGCUUCCUGAUGACCUUCAGGACUUUGACCUAUUUGAAGGUAAGAAUGGGGACUUGCUGCCCACUACAGAGGAGGCUGAGGAGCUGGUGCGAGCACUGCAGGCCAUGGGCUCCUACCCCGACUCACUGGUGUGCCUCUCCUCCAUGGGGGAGCUGGGAGCUCCGGGCGUCCCCUCGGGAAGCAUGGGGGACCUGCUCAACGGCCGGCUGCCUGCAGAGAACUUCACCAGCCUGGAGCUGGAGGAGAACCUGCUGCACUCGGCCGACGCUCACUUCCCCUCCUCGCCAUCGCCCCCACCCCCGCCACGGCAGGCCCCUGUCCCCGUCACAUCUGCUGCCUCCACGCCCAGCUUGACCCCGGCCGCCCACGCGGCCAGUGACCCUCAGAGGACAUUCCCGCGCCCCGCUCCCCCGCCCCACGCGCUGGCCCAGCCCGACCCGGCCUGCUCCUCGCCCUCAGCCGGCCCCUUCAGUAGCAGUGAACACGUGCCCUCUCCCUAUAGCGAGCACAUGGCCUCCCCCCACACUGGGCACUUCCAGGCAGAGUCGCCGCUCCUCUUGGAGGUGCCGCUCAGCGGGGUGCCUGGCCCGCCGCGGUCCCCCUGGAACCACCUGCCCCUCUCUCUCGCCGACCCCUCGUCGUAUGGCACCCUGAUGGAGGGCCACCUGCUCUCCACCUCUCUUUCCACACCGCCCUGCACCACGCACCCUGCAGCCUUGCAGCCCACUGCUGCCCUCUCGGCCCUCCCCCAGGGCGGCCUGACGGGGCUGGGUUCCCCCCCUGCUCCGGCAUCCACCUCCACCCCGCCCUCGUCCUCGUCCUCCCCCACGCGGGACCUCCUGUGCUCGCUGCAGCCCAAGCAGCAGCUCCCACAGUUCAGCGCCGUCUUCGGCCACCAGCUGGCCUCCCACAGUGGCAUCCCCAACGACGUGCAGCCCAGCCACAGCUCGACUGCGCCUCCUACUGGCUUCUCCAUCGCCAGUGCCACGGCUGCAAGUGCCAACAGUGCGACUCCCCCCUUCCCGCACAGUAACUGAGAAGUGAUGGGAGAGAGAGUGUGACUGAAAGAGCGAGUGUGUGUGUGUGUGUGUGUGUGUGUGUGUGUGUGUGUGUGUGUGUGUGUGUAUGUUUGUCUGGUGGCUGCACAUCAGCUAAACAGUGGACUCUGCUCGCUUAGCAUCUCCGCUCAUCUUUUCAUAGAAAUCAAGAACAUUUUUUCUGCUAUUUUAUUUGGUUCAUGCCGCAAGAGUGGAUGAUGGCCUGUUUUAAUGUUUUAAUCCUGACCUUGCCAUGACUACAUGACUGCAUGCCUGCAUCAGCCCCAGUGUAGAGUCCACUCGUUGGGUGCAUGUGCAGCCCCCUCCUCUUCCCCCCCCCCCCCCCCCCCCCCCCCCCGGGGGAGUGUGGUGGGUGUCAGUGACAGUGAUGUGCUCAGCACCCCGCAAAGGACCCACAAUUCCAGAAGUAGUGACAGAGACAGUGCUACAGCAUUCAGUGACGGAAACAACGCCUCAAUCAGCAGUCUAGUCUUAAGUGUUCCACUUGAGCCCUGUCUCAUAGCUGUAAUCAUAUCCUUCCUCAUUUACAAGAUCAUUGUAUUCCUUUUAAUCUACCCUUCAUACAGAUGUUAACACACAGGUGGCUCUACUGCCCCCUACAGACACAUGCCAGUAUAAAUGUCAGGGCCUGCUUAAACAAGUCAAAUCCCAUCAUGAAGGAAGUUUCCUGUCCAGCUUGACACACAGCAGAAAAUUGCCAAAAUUAUUUUAAAUGUUUUUUUUUUUUAAGCUACUGUAUAUAUAUUUAAUCUUUUAACCGGUUUAUGCAGAAACUCAGAGUAAUAUGUGGAUCAUAGAUGCCUCAUCAGUGGCCUAGUAGACAUCUGGAGGUAAACCUGGUUACUCAAAGCAAUAAAACACCUUGACGUACUCACCUCACAGUAUUGUGAUGUAUAUCGUAUCAAUCUUCAUUUCUUUCCCUCUGUGCUCCCUGAAUUGCUUUCCAGUUGCAGACCAGCGUGUUACGGGGGGGGGAAGGACAUGUUUUGUCAUCAAAUGUGAAGUUAAGGCCGAACUGUUCUUUGUCUGAUGAGGUUGUGGAUCCACUUUAUAGGUCCAUGAGUAUUCUGGCCACAGAGAAGGAGGUGUAGAGAAGAAACAAAAGUGUGACAACUGCAGAAAAUUAUUAUUAUGUCCACUCUUGCACACAGAACUCCACAUUCUCAGUCUUGGAAAUAUGUGUGUUUUAAGGCAUGUUUGUGGUACCCUAAGCAAGGAAACAACUUCAACAACUUUGUCUGGUUAACAGGUAUCUUUUUCACAAACAAUGCAUGCAGGUAUUAGGGAUAGUGUAGGAACAGCUCACGUGACCCUCCCCUCAUCUGUGCGUGGGGUACUAUGGAGAACUAGUGCAAUUCGGAUGGAGCAGUUUGCAGGUGCUAAAAUGGCUGUUGUAUUGGGUCACACAGCAGAAUUUCGUGCAUCAGGACACCUGACCUUCAGUGAUGCAGCAGGGUAGAGUAGAGCCUUUUUCAACCCUUCACUGCCUUCAUGUUCUUAGUUGCCUGGCGCUUUGCACUAGAGGAGAACAAGGAAAAUCUUGCGAAUUUGUCCCAGAAUGCUUCCAGUUGUAUAACAGUAAGUCUUUAGUCCUUGGUAUAGCUUUAGAAACUGAAAGAUGGGCCUAUAUUGUUAAGUAUUAUAUAUUCAUAGAUUAGCAGACUAUGGGGUUUUAAUGGUGAGGUUAAAUGAGUGGCAGUGGACUGAAUAUGAGGUUUUAAAAGAAAAACAACUAAAAAAAAAAAAAGGAUCUUUGUUGUCUUUUGCAAGUUACUUAAUGGAGCCUGUGUUUUGUGAAGUACUUUUAAUGGCUAUCAAAAUACUUGUGAUUUCUUAUCAGAUGAUGUUUGUGUAUGCCCAUUUAUUUAAAAUGAUCAGUGACUAUGAUGAUGUAUGGCAGUACUUUUGAUAGCUAUUAAACUCUGGCAUGAAGCCACUUCUGAAAGAUUGGAUCUUGCAUGGGUGCAAAACUACAAGUUUUAUUCAUUGACUUGACUAGUUAGCUUGUGCCCAAAGAGACCAAUUUAAUAAUGACUUCUAAUGCAGCAAUCUCUAGUGCACUGGUUCUCUACACAUACAACUGACAGAAAUAUACAUCAUACUUUUAUUGAUAUUCAUGAACUGGAAACGGUUAAAACCAUCACUGAUAGGCAAGUUAGGCUGAACUAAAGGUUGUCCCACCAGAGUAGAUGUUGCUGCCCAUUCAGAGCAUCGCCUCAUGAAGAUGGUCCUCAUACACUCCAUUCAUUCAUAGCAUAGUCCAAAUGAAUCCCAUGGCAGGCCCCACUACACUCCUUCACAAGACAUCAUCACAGGUCCAAAGACAUGGCGAGCAUAUACGGGAUAGCAACACCUCCGUAAUCUUCAUGUCUUGCUUCACCCCCAGCGGUGUCUGUCUCUCACACACUUGGCCUGGGAUUCACACAAGAUGGCUCAUGAUUUUUUGCACCAGAGACCUAAAACUGCUGUGUUCACAAAGCAUGAAAAGUAGAUUAAUUGCACAUUGAGGGGGAAAAACUGACCAAUCCUCUUAAAAGAAAGUCUUCAGGGCUCUGUAGGCACUCGUAACUGCUUGAAAUCUGAGAGAUGGCUGACAAAUUCCUAUACUCAUUGAAUGUACUGUAUUACUGUUUUUAAAAAAAAUGAUAGGAGCUAGUCACCUUUGGUUAUUGGUCCUUGUUUAAUUUGUCUAAGGUAUUUUUUGUAUACAAAGGUUUACAUUUUUAUGUAUAUUUUUCUUGUGUACAAAAUUAUGUAAUAUGUGUACAAACAUUGUAUGUAAUAUCUGUAUAUAGUGUGAUAAAAUCUGAUCUGUUUCUUUUUGAUGUACAAAUAAAUCUUGCUGUGAGGAAUAUGA